CUUCCAUAGCAACAUGUAAACACACCCAGAAAAUGUGCAAAUAAAUACGUAGAAUAAAAAAAUUACAACAACAAACACUCGCAGCCCACAGAAGGAUUCAAGAAUAACUUCUAAACAUAAGUGAAAAUGAGCAAGACAUUAGAUAAAAUCCCUCUAGCAGAGUCGUUCAUACAGUUACAAAUUCAGGUUAAAAGAAAAGAAUUCCAAGAUUUUAAGGAAGAGCUUCACCAACUAGAAGACAAGAAGCAAAAGCUUAUGAAGCUGCAGGAGCAGCUGAGAGAGGAGCAGACAGGUCAUGUGCAUGAUUUGAAUAAUCAAUUGAAGGAGCAAGAGAGGACACUGGAGCAGACACAGCUUGAAUAUAAAGACCAGGUGGAGAGUGCUGUCCAAAGCGACCAAGAGCUGAAAUGCAAUCAUGAGAAAGAACUAGAAGAACUGCACUGUCAGCUUGCAAGGCUGCAGGUGCAGGUGGAGGAACUGCAUGCAGAGAGACAGGAAUGGCUGCAGUAUCAGAAUGAGGGCAGCAUGGAAAACCAACAAAAGAUCCAGAAACUGGGGAAGGAUAUUGCUUCAACACAAAGUAUAUUCCAAGAGGUGUCAGAAUACUUUCAGAGGUCUAUGACAGAGGCUGUUGAAGAAAUUGACAAAAAGACAGAACAGGCUUUUGAUGAAACUAUGCAGCUGGCUGUUGAGACAGCAAUUGAAAACCAGGGCAAUCACCAUAAACGGAGCAUCAAACUAUUUGAUUGCCUGAAAAAAGAGAUUGCCAUCUAUGUUAAGGAGGUCUCAGUAUUGGAAUCCACUGUCCAGCAAUUAGAAAAUGAGAACUUGGAACUUGUGAAUAAGCUUUUACAAGACCGCCUGGAUGAUGCCCAGAUCAGCGUCGGGAAUGCAUUUCAUGCACAUAUUGCAAGGCUUGGGUCCUUUGACAUCGAUAUGGACAAGGCCAUAAUGAAAAUAAGCCCCGAGGAAACACCAGAGUUGGUUGGCAGACCUCCGUAUCCCCUCCAGCCCCUUGCGGAAGCCGAGGAGGCGCAACAGGAAAGAGAUGGCACUGAUUCUGGCAGCAUGACCCCUUCCACCGCACUUGACCUCAGCAAAAUACACUUCAGCAGUGAGGCUAAUUUCAUGGUAAGCUAUUAAGGACUCUUACAACAGAAAACAGCUCUAUAUUUAUUUGCACUUGGUGAUGUUAACA